AUGGCUUCAACAGAUCUUCGUGCGCUUGAAGCACCGCUUCGUACGUUGAUAUUGUGUUUCACGCUCUGGAAGAUCUCGCUUCUACUUAUCGCAGCUAGUAGUCCAGGUCCAGGCUAUGACACAUCUACCAACCUCUUAUUGUUGAAUCUGCAGUCGGUCGAAAAAAAGAAGUUACCAUCGUGGGUGCAGUACCUCAUCGGCAAGUUGAUAAGAUGGGAUGCACUUUACUUUGUACACGCGUCAAAUCAGGGCUAUGUCUAUGAACAAGAAUGGGCGUUUGGGUGGGGUUUCACCCGCAUGAUAAAAUUUAGCACUAUUGUGUUCGGAGUCGCUACUACCUUCAGAAGUAACGCAUUGCUCAAUGGGCUUCUCCUGCUCGAGGAAGCAUUCAGAACCCUCGUCAGCUUAGGUAAUGGGUCUAAUAUAAACACCUUCCGUCGCCUGAUCAUCACUGGUUUAGGAGGCAUAUGUGUUGGUAUCGGCUUCCUCACACCACAGUACAUCGCAUAUCAAGAGUAUUGUGGGGCGACGGGAGUCGAGGAUACAAGAACGUGGUGUAAAAAUACCAUACCAAGUGUAUAUUCUUUUGUGCAAGCCUACUACUGGAAUAAUGGGCCGUUCAAGUAUUGGACCAUGUCAAAUAUACCGCUGUUCAUACUUGCCAUGCCUAUGAUCAUAAUCCUAGGAGUAUCUGGCAAUGCGGGGUUACGGAAUGCUCACUUCCAACAAAUUUUUUCGGCUACCUCGGUUACCUCUGAGAAAGAAUUGGGAAAACGGUUGCUACUUUAA